AUGCGACGCGUUUCGAGAUUUUUUAGUCCAUCCUUGAAGCCAUUACCCAGGAGGAUGUCCUCUAUGGGUGGUAAGCCUGAUCUGUUCGAGUACACUUCGGGGCGCUUUCUAUUUAACGAAGAGCUUCGCCGCGCUGAACGUCGUAUUCAAUUCGAUGUAGAUGCUCUUGCAAGGGCAGCCUGCGAUUCUGUUGGUCGACAGGUGAAUGAUGUAGCCUCGAUCACCAAACUCGCGGAAGGGGGCUUCAACCGUGUUUUGCAAGUUACCUUCGAUGAUGGAUAUGCAAUUCUUGCAAGGCUACCGUACAAGAUGACUGUUCCGAAACAUCAUACAGUGGCCAGUGAGGCUGCUACACUCGUAUUUCUGCGUGCUCAUGGGGUCCCAGUCCCAAAAGUCCUUGCGUAUUCUCCAGAUCAGACGAACGUCGUUGGAACAGAAUACAUUCUAUUCGAAAAGCUUGAAGGAACACCCUUGAGUGACCGGUGGUUCUCCAUGGGUACCAAAACCCGGGUCAAAGUAAUGAGACAGAUUGUCGAUUUGGAAAGACAAUUUAUGAGCAUCCACCUCCCAGCAAACGGGAGUCUUUAUCAUCGCCGUGAUCUCGACGUUUCACAACACUUUAUUCCAAUCUCGGACGAUAUCGUCGUUGGCCCAAUUGCACAGCAUGAAUCAUGGUAUCGAGAACGGGCCUCUCUGAAAAUUGACCGCGGCCCAUGGAUCAUUGACUGGCAGCAUGCAGUCAUUCUACCCCUUUGUCUGUGCGCUGAAAUUCCCGAUCAUUUUCAAAAUUGGGGCGAUCCAUUGUCCGAGACAUUAUCUAAGCCAGAGGUCAAAUUGCCAGAGAAUUUUGAUAAACUCGGCAAUGAAGAACAAGAAAUUGUUCAAGAGACGAUGCGGAGACGGAUUGUCCAUUUUUAUUAUGCUGCGUUGACCAUGAAAUCCCUGCCGGAUCAUUUUGACGCCAUCAGAACCGAGAACUAUAUGCUUCGAGCGAAGCUUUUUCAUCAUGCACAGGCUCCCUGGGAAGGGGACUCUGUCUCGUUGAAGUAUACCAUGUUACAGGUCCUCAAGAAUUGGCCUAUGUCGCUGGAUGGAGGAGCACAGCCGAGACCUGUUGAGUGUCCAAUUCAAUUUUCUGGGGAAGAGAUGCAGAAAUGUUUGGAGGAUCAUCGUCAAGAACAAGAGAAACUACAGGAACUGGGCGAGAUGAGGGAUCUAAUUGGGACAGAUGCCCUAGGCUGGGUUUUAGCUAGAGAUGAGGAUGAGCUUGAACGGUGCAGGGCUAUUAUCAAGAGCAUCAAAGACGGUUUGAUGGAACACUCAAGCACUGAGAUGGAGAAAAUUGCGGUCCUUUCCCAUUUUCCUUUCGACGAUCAUGAAGAAGUAUAG